GGAUUAUUGGCUGAGGGCCUGACGAAGAUCCAAGGGCAGGCCUGCCUGAGGCCGCCAUUCUAACUCGGACGGCGGAGAAAACAGGAAACCGACCGAAAUUUUGGGCUCCCGGGCGUUGGCUAUGCCCGAAGUAUCUUUUAUCAUCGAGAGGUGCGAUGCUCACGACUCCCCCUCCAACCGUUGUUGGCACUUGAUUGACCCCCGGAUUCUUUCGCUUCCCCUCUCUCCGAACCCCCUUCUCUUCCGUCAUCCCAUUCCUCUUCGGGGUGGCGUCCUUCCGUUAACCCAACGUCGCCGCAUCCCAACCCCCGUGGUCUGGCCCGCACCACGAUCCGGUGGGUUGCGGUAUUCUUGCAAUGAGCUUGACCUCGCGUGUCCUGGGCCUGUUUACAACGACAGCGACACCUGCUUCCGAUUCCCCCGCGUCGCCUGCUCAGCUACCCAACGUGGCGAGCAGCAACCAUGUCUAUCACGCCGCCGGUCCGAUAAGCGCAACCAGCGACCAUGCACAGAACUCGGCGUCCCUUCUGGACGAGGAGGAGCCUCGUCCUCCCUAUCUACACGCAAUGCUUGCUGGAGGCACCGGUGGUACCUGCGGUGACAUGCUCAUGCAUUCGUUAGAUACGGUCAAGACCCGGCAGCAAGGCGAUCCGCACUUCCCUCCCAAAUACACCUCCAUGACCUCGUCCUAUGCGACCAUAUACCGACAAGAAGGGCUUUUCCGUGGUCUGUAUGGCGGAGUUACUCCGGCGCUGUUCGGUUCCUUCCCGGGAACCGUCAUCUUCUUCGGUGUUUAUGAGUUCACCAAACGCAAGAUGCUGGAUGCGGGUAUAAACGCCAAUGUCGCGUAUCUGUCUGGGGGUUUCUUUGCCGACUUGGCCGCCUCCGUUGUAUACGUCCCUUCAGAAGUCCUGAAGACGCGGCUGCAGCUUCAAGGACGCUACAACAACCCCCACUUCAACUCUGGAUAUAACUACCGCUCGACCACGGAUGCGCUACGCACGAUCGUCCGCCAGGAAGGAUUCCGCGCGCUCUUCUACGGAUACAGGGCUACGAUCUACCGUGACCUUCCCUUCUCGGCCUUGCAGUUCGCAUUCUACGAACAGGAACAUCGGUUGGCGAAGGAAUGGGUGGGCUCUCGGGAUAUUGGACUUGGCUUGGAGAUCUUGACUGCAGUCACGGCUGGUGGAAUGGCCGGUGUCAUCACUUGCCCUAUGGAUGUCGUCAAGACCCGUAUUCAGACCCAGCAGAACCCGGAGAGUUCGCCCUCAUCUCAUUCACCCAAGUCGACGGGCGAGCCUGCGUCGACGAAAGAGAGCCCCCGGCAGCAUACCUCUUCGCACACGACGUCCAACCUGCGCACGCAUUCGCGGCCCAUCUCCACGUCGGGUGCUUCGACGUCGGUUGCGCCGCCGGGCGCUCCCCGUCUGGAUACCUCAUCGUUCCUAACCGGUCUGAGGAUGAUCUACCAGACCGAGGGAAUCGCCGGGUGGUUCCGUGGAGUCGGACCUCGCGGUGUAUGGACUAGUAUCCAGAGCGGAACGAUGCUGGUCAUGUACCAGUACCUCUUGAAGAAACUGGAGGCCUACCAGGGGGUGGAAGACUUGAGCCCUCUCUGAUUGAGUAUCUGCAAUUUGCAUUUGGCAUUCGACCCGUUCCUGGGGGGGAUGCCUGGGACAUAUACGGAGUAUGGACCGUUGUAGAUAAAACCGCACCAUAACCGGAGCAUGAGCAUUAUAGACGGGUAUGUUGGGAAGGCGGCCCGACGGGGGUGUGGCAUGAUUUUUCCUUUUCUUUUCUUUGUGUGUUUUAAUUAUUGGAUUCCCAUUCCCCUCCCGUCCGUUCCUCGUGUUGAUGACGAACUGCAUGAUCGGGUUGCUGUCUUGUCUAUACGAAGUGGUUGAGGAUCAUCAUGUACGGUUAUAUUGAUAGACAUUAGAAGGUUGAGUAAUGAGCACUGUAUUAUACUAUACACUCAGCA